CCUCUUUCCCGUUUAUUAUCGGCAGAGGUCGCAUGGCAGAGGGAAGUCCAACCACUUCUGUACUGGAACCAAUGCAAGAAUAUGCACCUCCAUAACAAAGCCUGUAUGGAGUCCUGAGAGCGGCGGGACAGGACAGGCUGCAGUUUUGCGGGCUGCUGUUCAGCUUUUAGAAAUACCCAGUAAGACAGGAUCUAAGUUGGAUGUUUGCAUUGUUUUGCCAGCACGUGCGUUAUCAGUGAAUUUGUACUCUCGCUUUUGAGUGAGUGACUGAGUGAGUGAGUGUUUCGCAUCCCGGCGCGGGGCUCUGAGGAGGACUGCGCAUCACUUAGAGUUGGUGCCGAAGUUCGGCCGCGAACGGAUGUGAGGGAAGAGUGCGCCGAGUAAAACUCCCUCACUUCUUUUCGUCUCUCCCGCUUUGGCGCUGUGUUUGCCAGGACAAUAGUACGUCAAAGACGCUGAAAGUGAUUUCAUGCCUUCAGUCUCGCACAGUCUGAGAUGGACGUGAGAUUUUAUCCUGCGCCCCCGGCAAAUGUGGGUUCAUGCUCCCUACCGACUGAUCCAAGUUGCCUGAGCUCGUUGGACUAUUAUCACACGAACAAGGCCCGGUACAGUGUGGGUGAGCGAGGCGUUAGGCUCCACACUGCCCCCUCUCCGGCCAUCAAUCCAUCUAGGAAAAGACUACCCACUGCUGUGUUUGAUGGUGACAACAUGUACAUGAAUGACAAUAACCAAGAGUUUCGGUCACCAAACCAGAGCUACUCCAGUCAGGGCAGAGGCGGCAGUGGUGGCGGAGGAGGAGGAGCUGGGGACGAAGACUACGAGAUCCCCCCCAUCACACCGCCGAACCACGCCGACCCUUCUUUGCUCCACCUCAUGGAGCACGAGUCAGGUUACCCCUUUCACUCCCUGCCACACAAUGGCUUGCUCAACACCUACUCCUACCCCGAGCUGCCCGCGCUCAUGAUGUCCAACAUGCUGGGUCAGGAAACUCACCUCCUCUCUGGGCCUAUGCACUCGAUAAGCAGUGAGAAGCGACCCUCAGCAGAAAUGAUGAAGCCCAAACCCAAACCUCAAAAGAAGAAGAAGAAGAAGGACCCCAACGAGCCACAGAAACCCGUGUCCGCAUACGCGCUCUUCUUCAGAGACACCCAAGCAGCCAUCAAGGGCCAAAACCCGAAUGCUACCUUCGGGGACGUGUCCAAGAUCGUGGCCUCCAUGUGGGACAGCCUAGGCGAAGAACAGAAGCAGGGGUACAAGAGGAAAACCGAGGCGGCUAAGAAAGAGUACCUGAAAGCCUUGGCCGCGUACCGAGCCAGUCUGGUUUCCAAGACAUACAAUGACCCUGAACCAAAAAGUGCCCAGCAGACCAGCCAGUCCUCCCACAUGAUGCCCCCCAAGCAGCCCCUGUACAGCGUGCCCCCUCAGCCCUCCUCACCGUACCUGGGCCCGCCGGGCUCCUUUCCCCUGUCAGACCUCCAGAGCUAUGGCGGGCCACCCCGCCACACACUGGCGCAGACCCUCGGCCAGUCCCAGAUGCUCCCACCCAACAUGAGUGCCUCUCCCCCAGCACCCUUCCAAAUCAGCCCACCUCUGCAUCCGCACGCUCAGCUCUCCCUGCAUCAGAGCUCCCUGCUCAACCAGCCAAUCCGAAUGCAGCAGUCGCAACCAAUCAUCUCGCACCAAAUGGGGCUCCAGGCAUCUCUGCAUUCCCCUCCUCUCAGCCAACAGGGUUUCUCCCAUAUUCAAGCUGAUUACCAGAACAGUGUUGGGGGCUCACAGUCUCCCGGGGCCCCCAAUCCAGUGCACGGCCAGAACCCCGACUGGGAUAGCGAGUACUGCAACAGGGACUGCGGACCCAACCAUUGCAGCAGCAGCGGCAUGGGAGCUCGAGACAAGCCUCUCUACCUCACUUGAAGUUGAAAGACCUCCAAAUGUCAGACUCCAGGGAGCUUUCUAACAUAACAACAACAUCAUCGAUGUAUCUGCUUCUACACCAUUUAUUUUUUCUCUUUCUCUCUCUCGUUUUUUUUUUUUUUCUUUUCUGAUGGAUUUCGAAAAUCCCAAAGACUGCUACAGUAACUUCACCUAUUUGCCAAGCACUUAGAUCGGCCAGAAGCCCGAGGCACUUCUCUUGCUUUUUUUUUUUUUCCUUAUCAGUGAACUUUCCAUUUUUUGAGGGGGCAGCGAGUUUUAAGCUCAUGCCAACAUACUGGAAAUGAAGACCAAAAAAAAAAAGAAAAGAAAAAGAAAGAAAAAAACAUCUUCUCAUUUUGUCUAGAUUUUUUUUUAAAGAUGAUUCCACUCCUUUUUGCUCCAUUACUCUGUUUGCCAUGGACUGCCCUUGUUUUGGGGAGUUAAAAUGCUCAAAGCAUACUCCAAGUAGGGUCUUGGAUAGAAAAGCUAAUGCAGGAAAAUAGAAUAUAGUCACCUCAUCGGGGUGGAUGUUCUUCGGGACAGACUGAAACACCCGAAGUGAGUGAAAGCAAAGCGACAUUUAAAAUGAAGGUAUAGUCACAAACGCAUUUGUAAAUCAUCCUUGCCCUCAAUAGAGGACUUCAUCCUUUCCUUUAUUUAUCACAGCGUGAUUGUAAAUAUCACCAAAAUGGAUUCCUCUUAUGUGUGUAUUUAGCUGCAGUCCCUUGCCUUUUUCUUUUUUUUUUUUUUUUUUUCAAAUUGUUCUUUUUCUGUGCAGGCGGAUUCAGUGAGGGAAUACACACACUAAAACUCGUGUUGAAACUGUGUUCACCAGUCUCAUAUCUCUCCAAAAUAAAGAGGGAAAUGCAAAGACUGCAAAAUGCUCAAUUUCCUCCACAGCUGGCAGAGCUCCGGUAGAGAGCGUCGCACUCUCUUCACAUGGCCUCAGGACGCUGCAGAACUGUAGAGGUCAAAGAUUGAAACCUCUCCUUUUAGCUCCUCCUACUUACUAGGUCAGUAAAGACCACACCCUCCUCCCCUACACCUGUGACCCCGCCCAGCCACCCCUUAGUCCCAGCACCACUUGUACAGGUGAAUAACAAAAAAAACAAAAAAAAAGUUGCUAAAUGUGAAAUGUUACUAAAGGUUAAAAAAAGAAAAAAAAAAAACAUAACAGUGGGUUUUAAAGUUUUUGACUAGUUUUAUUAGGUGUUUUAGAAUUGUGUUGAACUCAUCUUUAUCUUUUUUUCUGUAAAGAAAAAUAAUUCUUUAAGAUUUUCUUUUUUUUCACUGUAGCAGGAUUUUGUUUCAGAGGAUCGCUCGUCAGGACAGAUAUUUUAAUUUUGUGUAUAAACCUGCCAAACAUACUUUUAAAGUUUUAAAGCCAGUGAUGAGAGAACCCAUUAUGUUUUUGUUAAAUAUCAUAUGGUCAUUCUAUUUAAUUUGGUUGCAGGUUCCACAUCUAUUUAUAAAUGAAAUGAAGUAACAUUUUGGCUUAUUUUCAUCAGGGUGCAUUAUUAUCAUUAUUAUUAUUAUUAAUAUUAUUAUUAUUAUUAUUAUUAUUAUUAAUGAUCAAACUACAUGAUUAUUAGAAUAAUAUUUUUUCAAAAACUGCUGUUGGUGCUAAUGUACCAGCAUUAGAUUCUUUUUUCUUUUCUUUUUUUGUGUCACAAUUACUUCUUUUCGUUUUCUUUUGUCUGUAAUAAAAUGUUUAAA